GCAGCAGUCGCGGGAUCAACUCGCUUCCGGCCUGGCGAAACAACUCGGCGACCCGAACAAGACGAUGGAAACGCGAAUAGUUAGUAUGGUAUAACGCGGGUGGUAAAAUAGCAUAAAAAUUUAUUUAGUCGAAAGAGCGCCUGAGCCCGGUCCCCGUCGGCGACGAGUGACGUGAACUGUGGAUAUAAGUGAUAAGUUGUAGCUUUGUUUAUUCUUAACGAACACUGAACGCGGAACCAAAGAGGGCUACUGAGAUCCUGCAGCUACGCCUAUAGUUUGCAAGCGCGAAUUCGCCGCCUGGCGAGAGGGGGCGCUGCGCACGCAACAUGCUCUCCACGCUGUACUGCUUGGCGACGGCAGCGCUAAUCACAGUUGCGCGAACACAGAGCGACGACGACCUGUUUCUCCCCACAAAGGAGACCUCGCUAGCGAGGCUUCUACCAGAAAACGAUGAAGCGGAGGAGGAAGUUACCGAACCGUGCCCGCGAGUGAAGCCCGGACAAGAUGACCAACAAGGGUUCGACUUGAUCCACAAGUUCCGGCUGGACGACCUCCAGUUCGAUUUCCCGGGCGUCAAGAGGGUCACCGGCUCCAACAGUCUACAGACGGCGUACAGGCUGUCCCGCAAGGCUGAACUCGUACUGCCCACCAGGGCGGUGUUUCCUCUGGGCCUCCCCGACGAGUUCUCGUUCGUCGCCACGUUCCGAAAGCGGAGCGCUCGCACCGAUCCCUGGUUCCUCAUACGCCUGACCGACGUCCAAGGAACGGCACAGUUCGGGCUCAACGUGGUCUCCAGGAAGAACCGGCUGGACUUCUUCGCGCAGGACGUCACCGGAAAGAGGCAGACGCUGCGCUUCCGGAACGUCCAGGUGGAUGACCAGCAGUGGCACAAGGUGGAUAUCAGCGUGUUCAGGGACCACGCAGUGCUCUACCUUGACUGCGUGAAGCAUUCAAGUCUCGAGCUUGUCCAGAGAGCACCUAUCGACGUUAAUGGUGACGUCAACAUUGGAAAAUAUGAGUCGGACCUCUCAACAGUGCUGAUGGACCUGCAAUGGAUGGUGAUGAGCUGUGAUCCUGCGAGGCCAGAGAGAGAGACUUGCUUCGAACUGCUGCCAAGGGGGACUCUGCCUACUUCUACACUACCAACUCCUACGGAGCCCAGUGUGCCCCUGGAAUCGGCGUGCAUCGAUUGUCCCCCAGGCCCACCAGGUCUGAAUGGCACCGACGGUCUACCGGGCGUGCCAGGUCUGGAUGGAGUUCCUGGAGUGCCCGGGUUGCCAGGUUUCAAAGGCGAGAUUGGCGCUGCUGGGGUGCCAGGACUACCAGGGCUUGACGGCUUGCCCGGGCCGCCUGGACCAUUGGGACCUAUUGGCCCCAAGGGCGACACUGGGACACCAGGAAACCCCGGCAUUCCGGGUCUGAAAGGUCAAAAGGGAGAUGGUGGAAUACCUGGAGAACCAGGCCUUCCUGGUGUCCCUGGGACCAUGGGACCAAGAGGACCACAGGGCCCUCCAGGCAGUACAGCAGUGGUUGAAGGACCAGUUGGGCCUCCAGGAGUUCCCGGGACACCGGGACCCAUAGGGGAGCAAGGAUUACGAGGACUGCCAGGACCCUUGGGAUUACCAGGAAGCAAGGGUGAACCAGGUGAACGAGGCAACACAGGACCAACCGGUCCUCGUGGUUUCCCGGGCGAACCAGGGCCCAAAGGUUCACCAGGAAGCACAGGCCCCCAAGGUCCACCUGGCCCCCCUGGUCGUGACGGUCUCCCAGGAGUCACAGGCGCAGGGCCAUCGUCUCCAGGUUUACCUGGACGUCCAGGCGUUCCUGGGGACCCUGGACCACCAGGCGUGCAGGGUGAAAAGGGCAGCCCUGGUCUACCUGGCCCGCAAGGUAUUGAAGGUCAAAAGGGUGACAAAGGUGACCGUGGUGUUCGUGGUUUCCCUGGCGUGGCAGGCCCAAAGGGGGAUAGAGGUGAAAGAGGCUACCAAGGUGACGCCGGUCCAAAAGGUGACCGUGGUCCACCUGGAAUCGAUGGAGCAAGAGGGGAGCCAGGUCUUAUUGGACUGCCUGGGCCCACCGGAGCAGCGGGUGCUUUCGGUCAGCGUGGUGAAAAGGGCGAAAAAGGGGAGAUUGGACAGCCUGGAACUCCUGGAGAGCCUGCCAUACCUGGCGAGCAAGGACCUCGAGGUUAUCCUGGACCAAAAGGGGAGCCUGGAUCUGACGGGGUCAAGGGCGCCGUGGGACCAAUUGGACCGAGGGGAUACCCAGGCCUCCCUGGCCUGCCCGGCCCUCCAGGAAGACCAGGAAAGCCAGGACAUGGUGGAACAGAGGGCAUCUUUGGUGACAAAGGACUCCGUGGACCAGAAGGACCGAGAGGACUGCCAGGACCACAGGGUCCCCCCGGAACCCCUGGAAAUCCAGGACCCCCAGGUCUGCCGGGCAUCAUGGGGCCCAGGGGGCUUCGGGGACUGGAGGGUCCUCCCGGGAAGCCCGGAGAAAAGGGCGAGUGCAUCAUCCAAGCCAAAGAAGAAUACCUCGUGGCACCAAGCAGGCCGGGACUGACGGGGCCCAUGGGACCGCCAGGGCUGCCAGGUGAACGAGGAGCACCCGGGGAACGUGGAACUCCUGGUGUCCCCGGACAAGUGGGCAUGCCGGGUACAGAUGGAUCGCCAGGCCAGCCGGGUACCCCGGGAAACAGGGGGCAACCAGGAAUGCCGGGUCUACCGGGACCUCCGGGUCGUGGAUAUACCGAGGAAGAAGUGAGAGAACUGUGUUCAGCGGUGCUUCGAGAGCAGUUGAGUGAACUGACAGCCAAGAUGCGAGGGCCCCCUGGUCCCCCGGGGAUCGGGAAACCAGGGAAGCCAGGACAACCGGGACCCCAAGGGUCACCAGGUGACCCAGGCAUGCCUGGACUGCCGGGAGAGCGUGGGUUCAUGGGACUACCCGGGCUUCCAGGACCACCAGGACUACCUGGUCCCACUGGUGAAAAGGGUGAAAAAGGCGAUCGUGGCGCCGAGGGAGUUGGCGUGGAAGGUCCCAUCGGCCCCCGUGGACCUCCAGGAUCUCAGGGCCCGGCUGGCGUGGGCCACCCAGGGCGGCCGGGCGAGCGGGGACCCCCGGGUCGCACGGGACCGACAGGACCUCGCGGGCCACCAGGAGCGCAGGGACCUCCCGGCUACUGUGAGAUGUGUAACUACGGAAACGCCGACCUCCUCCACAUGCUGCGCCUGAACACUGUCCAACAGAACAACAAAGGACCAUCCAAGUAA